AUUAUUUAAACAAACAGAUGUGAAAUGAAAUCGCAAGCUUACGCGACGACUCACGUAAGCUCUACUAUUAGUAAACCUGUUUUAUUGUUGAUAUUAUGGCAGAUGGACGAAACUAGAGCUCCAACUGAUAGGCAGUUUCUUCACCUUCUGAAAACAUCGUGGAUAAGAUUGUUCACAUUACUUACGAAACAUGGCCCUUAAAGUAGCAUGCACACGUCUUCUGAGAACCGUUACGCUGCACCAAAAUCUUUCCCUUUUGACUUUUGAAAGCAAGAAUUGUCUUGGGGUAAACACAUCGAGAAUUCUUCCAUGUAAACUAUAUAGUACUUGGAAAGGAACUGAACCACUUAGUGAAGAUGAUCCAGAAAUUUGGCAGCUUGUUCAAGAAGAGAAGCAUAGACAGACUUCAGGUUUAGAAUUAAUUGCAUCUGAAAAUUUCGCUAGUCGCUCUUGUCUAGAAGCAUUAGGUUCCUGUUUAAAUAACAAGUAUUCAGAAGGUUAUCCUGGACAGAGAUAUUAUGGAGGAACAGAAGUUAUUGAUAAAAUUGAAAUUGUAUGUCAAAAGAGAGCACUGGAAGCAUUUCGUCUUGAUCCUGAAAAGUGGGGAGUGAAUGUGCAGCCAUAUUCUGGUUCUCCUGCCAAUUUCGCUGCAUAUACUGCUCUUCUUAGCCCUCAUGACAGACUGAUGGGAUUAGAUUUGCCUGAUGGUGGACAUCUUACUCAUGGAUUUAUGAAUGAUCAAAAACGAAUUUCUGCUACAUCAGUGUAUUUUGAAUCCAUGGGAUACAAAUUAAAUCCAGAAACUGGUUUAAUAGACUAUGAUAAAUUGGAAGAUAUGGCGAAAUUGUUUCGUCCAAAACUUAUAAUUGCUGGAACUAGUGCUUACUCUAGACUGUUGGAUUAUAAGCGUUUUAGACAGAUUUGUGACGACAUGAAAGCUAUUCUUCUUGCAGAUAUUGCUCAUAUAAGUGGUCUUGUUGCUGCUGGAGUUAUUCCAAGUCCAUUUGACUAUGCAGAUGUGGUUACCACAACUACUCAUAAAACCUUGAGAGGAGGAAGAGCUGGCAUGAUAUUUUUUCGUAAGGGUGUCAAAAAUGUGGACAAGAAGGGAAAUGAAAUAAAAUACGAUUUUCAGGAAAAAAUUAAUUUUGCAGUGUUCCCAAGCUUACAAGGUGGGCCUCACAAUCAUGCCAUUGCAUCUGUGGCUGUUGCUCUGAAACAGGCAAUGUCACCAGAAUUUCGCGCAUACCAAGAACAAGUUCUGAAAAAUGCAAAAGCUAUGGCUAGAGCUCUUAUUGCCAAAAAAUAUUCAUUAGUUUCUGGUGGGACAGAUAAUCAUUUGCUGUUAUUGGAUCUCAGACCUAAGGGUCUUGAUGGUGCUCGACUGGAAUGUGUAAUGAAUGCAACAAAUAUAACUGCCAAUAAAAAUACCUGCCCUGGGGAUAAGUCAGCAUUAGUUCCUGGUGGAGUAAGACUAGGUGCUCCUGCUCUUACUUCUCGCAACUUUAAAGAAAAAGACUUUGAACAAGUUGUUGAGUUUAUUCAUCGAGCUGUAGAAAUUGCUUUAGGUGUGAAAUCAAAAGCAGGCAAAACAGUUAAAGAAUUCAAAGCCUUUUUAGAAACUGAUGAAGCAGUAAAAGAACAGAUGAGAUUGUUGCGUAAGGAUGUGGAAGCUUUUGCCUCAACUUUUCCAAUGCCUGGCUUUUCUGAUCACUAAGAACUUAAUCCUUAAAAUAUUUUUUCUUCUUAAGUUGUUUAUAUGAAAAAUAAAAUAUUUCUAGGAAA